CCCGGAUAGGUCAGUAUCAUUUUCCACUCCGACCAAAACGCACACCUAAAAAUAAGUGAAAAAAUCACUCUAGCUUCCGAAUUAAGUUACAGUACUCAUUCGUUUUCUUUAUGUGAAUUUGAAAACACAAUAUAUUUUCAAUCGUGUUAGUCCGAUAAGCAAGUUUUUAUUACUGACAUAUAGAACACGAAGUUUGAGAUGGCCUCGCUACGGCGGUCACAUGGCGGCGGUCGCGAUUUCCUGCAGGAGAACAAGCAGAAUGUCGCCCGCAUGGAGACCAAUGGCAGGUGCUUGGCCGCGGCCCAUGCCCGCCGGGUGCCCCUGUGGCGUCCGGUGGUGCUCCACUACACGGAGCGUUUGCGUCCCCAUGGCUUUAUUAGCCAGGAGCGUCAACGCUAUCUGCAUGCCGCCCACCAAGCUCCCGAUCUGAGGAGCGGUCUGGCCCAGCCGUAUGGUUUCAGGACCGCGUCACUUCCCAGGUUACCGAAUCUCUGCGACAUGGCCCAAAAUUUGGCGGUGCGCAGGGAGAAGGAGCGCAUGCAGGGCGGCUGGGAGGACCAGCAGAAGAUGCCUCCAAUGAGGUGCUGCAACGGUUGCCACUGUCAUCACGGCCCUCAAGCCCAUCAGGGUCACCAGGCCGAGGCAGUGUCUCUUCGUCAGGGUCACCAGGCUGACGCAGUGUCCCUCCGUCAGGGUCACCAAGCCGAGACAGUGUCCCUGCGUCAGGGUCACCAGGCCGAGCCGAUGCCUCCCCAUCAGGGUCACCAAGCAGAGGGGAUAGCUCACAUCAAGGGUCACCAAGCCGAGCCGGAAGUAAAGAUGUCCAGACAGGGAGAAGGUGAUCAGGCCGAUCGCGUUUCCCUGGUUUCCCGAGCAUCCCGCGGGUCUCGCCGUCCCCAGAGGAUCCCUACUCACGCCCAGGAGAACGCCGAUCCCGAGGCACCUUUGAGUGCCCGCAGCAAUGCCUCCGGCAAGACCCUCAAGUCCAAGAGAUCUGUUUCCCAGGAGAGUGUCCGCUCGAAUGCCACCAUCAAGUCGAACAUUUCAGUGGCCUCCAGGAGCACCACGGCCUCGAAGAGAUCUCAAGUGAGUCGCAAGUCGCAGAUGAUGGAGGUAAUGCCGCCUCCAACGCAUUUGCAGGACCAAAAGCCCCGGGAGGGGGAACUGGAGAAGCCACCGCCAACCGCCUACGAGGGCUACACACCACUGACCACCACCGAGAGAAACGCUGCCCUCCAGGAUGCCCAGUUCAAGUACGGCAAACUCGUCGAGGAAUAUAACCAUCUGCCCGUUUCGGAGCCCACUUUGCGCGUGCGCAAUCGAAAGAUCGCCAUCGAACGUCAGCUGGACGAACUGGACUAUGCCAUCAAUAUGUUCGAUCAGCCCAAUCUGGAUAUGUACUACAAGAAAUGAUGAUCACACUCCGCUCGUUAAUCGUUUCAAAGAAUGUUGCCCAUUUCCAAAUUGAGUUGUUUGCCACAAAACCGUUCGGAAACCUUACCACAGACAUAGAAAGGAUCUGAAUUGAAAAAACCUCGAGAAAAAUACCAGAUAUAGCACUGAAUUGCUACUAAACUUAUAAAAAUGUGAUGCCAAAUGGCAUACAAAUGCAAACUCUUAAAUGAACAUAAAACAACAAACUAAACCAAAUGCUUAGCAAACCAUAACAAACGUCAUACUUAAAACUUAAACAAAAUUACACUUGCCCGAAGAAGAGGACUCAAGUUCGAACAUAAUUAUGAAGAACUAUAACCAUGAUAAAUCGAAUGGAAAUACGAAAAUCAAGAACAUAAAAUCCAAUGGGAUUACAGAAAUCAACAAAAAUAAAUCAUGGGUCAUAAGAUUAU